CAGAAAUCGCCAACAUGGCUAGCGACCCCACAGAGAAGGAAACCUCGGCGUUGGAGGUCGAGGACCAGCCCACCUCUAAGGACGAACCUGUCUACGAUGCCAACGAGAAGGUCGACUAUGACAGAGCCGGCGCCAUCGGUGCUGAGGAGGUCGAGCAUCGGAUGACUGUGCUCGAGGCCGUGAAGGCUUAUCCUGCUGCCAGCGCCUGGGCCUUCGUCAUGUCAUGCACCAUUAUUAUGGAGUCCUACUGUGUUUUCUUGAUGGGACAGUUCAUCGCCACACAGAAAUUCGCCGAUGACUUCGGGGUAUAUAGCGACGUCUCAGGAGUAUAUAUCAUCGAGGCUUCCUGGCAGUCAGCAUUCCAGUGUAGUGGACCACUGGGCGCCUUCAUCGGGGUCUUCGUGGCAGGUCCCAUUACUAGUUGGAUCGGAUACCGAUGGGCAACAAUUGGCGGUCUCAUGGCGUUGAACGCCUUCAUCUUCAUCUUUUACUUCGGCAACAGCCAGGGGAUGUUCUUCGCCGCCCAGAUCCUGGAAGGCAUCCCGUGGGGCAUCUUUAUCGCCAAUGCACCCGCCUACUGCGCCGAGAUUGUGCCGAUGAGACUGAGAGCGCCAGCGACGCAGAUGUUGCAGAUGUUCUGGGCCAUUGGCUCCAUCAUCGUCGGCGGUAUCACCUAUCACUACCAAUCCAAGAAUGACUCCUCGGCCUACAGAGUUCCCAUUGCACUGCAGUGGAUGUUCCCCACUCCUCUGGCUCUCCUACUCUACUUUGCGCCCGAAUCCCCCUGGUGGCUCGUACGCCAGGGCCGUCUGGCCGACGCCGAGAAGGCUGUCAAGCGCUUGGGACGCGCCAGCGUGGAGGAAAACCCCGCUGACGCCGUCGCCAUGAUGCGUCGCACAAUCGAGCUGGAGAAGACGGUGAAGAAGCCCACUCUCGUGGAACUGGUGCGGGGGACGGAUCUCUAUCGCACGUUGAUCGUCUGUGGUGUGUACGCAUCUCAGAAUCUGACCGGCAAUCUGAUUGCGAACCAAGCCGUGUACUUCUUCAAACAGGCUGGCAUGGGCGAGACAACCGCAUUUGCUCUGGGUCUCAUCACGUCGGCCCUCCAGUUGAUCAUGGUCAUGCUCUCGUGGAUCCUCACCACCUACCUCGGCCGGCGCACCAUCUACGUCUACGGCCAAUCGAUCAACUGUAUAUUCUUGGUCGCGCUCGGGAUUGCGGGCUCGUGUGGCGCGAGCACGGCGGCGAGCAACGCGCAGGCAUCGUUGGGUCUGAUCGUCUCCGUCCUGUUCUGCUUGGGCCCCGCCCCGUCCUCGUGGGUCAUCAUCGGCGAGACCUCGUCCGUCCGCCUCCGGCCCCUCACCACCGGUGUGGGACGAGGCGCCUACUACUUCAUCAAUAUCCCUUGCAUCUUCCUCUCCAGCUACAUGCUUAACACGGAUAAGUGGAACCUGGGCGCCAAGAGCGGCUACGUCUGGGCCGGCACGGCGUUCAUCUGCACCGCCAUGGCGUGGCAGUGGAUUCCCGAGAUGAAGGACCGGUCCUUCCGCGAGAUCGACAUCCUGUUCAAGCGUCGGGUCCCGGCGCGCAAGUGGAAGCGGACGGUCGUGGACAUUCGCGAUGAUGAGUAGGC